GUCCAUAAAAUUCUAAAAUAAGCUCCCUAUGGGUGUCAGUUAAUUUGCUAUGUUAUCUAUGUUUGCUAUCCAUUACCAGUAAUGUUAGUAAUUUAUUAAUACUAAUCGUUCAUAGACAAUUGUUACAAAUAUUUAAAAUAGAUAAAGUACGUGCAAUUUACCUUAAAUAUGUUAGGUCGUAAUACUGCCAGUAAUUUGAAGAAAAUUAUUUUCAGUAGAGUGCCAUCCUUCCAAUUAUCUACAAUAUCUUAUAAUAAUCAGAAUAUAACUGAAAACAUCGAAGAACGUGAAAUAACCAAAGAUAGAACACAACAAAUUCCAGUUGAAACUAGUAUUCAAUAUUUAGCAAGUAAAGCGUAUCAAAUAACAUAUGGCAAUCACCCUGUCUGGGUACCAUACCGUCGAAAUUACAAGGGCAGCAAACCUCCAAGAAAAACCAGAAAAACGUGCAUAAGAAGUGGUCAAAUAGCUACUGGAAAUCCAUGUCCAAUAUGCCGUGAUGAAUAUUUAGUGUUACAUGAACAAAAUGUAGAUUUACUGAAGCAAUUUAUUUGUCCACAUACUGGUAACACUUUGAGCUUUUCUAAAACAGGCUUAUGCCAAAACAAACACAAGCUACUUUUGACAGUCAUUGAGAGAGCCAAAGAUCUUGGUCUCUUGUCUUUUGAUGUGCACUUUCGCCAAUAUAACUAUUUAGAUUAUUACACUCCAUCGAAAUAAUUAUGGAAGCAACAUUUUUGAUAAUAGGCGGAGGAAU